AUGUCCAAAAAUGAGCAGAUAUCCCAGCUUGGGAAUGCCCUCUCGACAACGGCAGCUGCGAUCUUUGGAUCGCAAAACAUGGAAGAUACCAUUUUAUCAUACAGCAGUCCCUACAAGAAAGUACUUCACCAAGCAAUGACUAAUUUGGGGUCUGACGGGGCUAUUGUUUCAUUUAGGAAGAGAAACAAUGCCUCUGGAUCAUUUCAGAGCUUGUCUUCAGCGGAAAACGGCAAAAGCUUUUUUAAGAACAAGUUCACCGAUUCGAAGACAAGUUUCAAAGUCCUCAGUUACCUUAGCGAUGACCUGUUAAAAGAUAUACCGAAUGAAAGGUUGGAUUUGGAUGUAUCCUCGCACAAUAGACUUCUUAAAGAGAAUGGAGAAUCGAAGAGUAAGAAAAAAGACACAAACCAAGGUCCUUCUCUAUUUCAGGGAUUUGAAGCAUCACUACCCAUAAUUGAUGAAGCACUGAAUAAUCGAGGCGAGGGCAUUAAGACAAUAAAAGAAUCCGAGGAACAGGGCAAUGAAGGUUAUUACGACAUGGGUGACCGGUUUAUGCUUCCGCAGGGAAUAAAGACGGAAAAGAUCACUGAAUCCUACUCCAAAAAAUUCUUGAAUGGUCUGUCAGAGCAAGUUUCGGAUAAUCUAGACCUUCUUGAGAUACAGAAGAAAGUCGCUGCCAGCGAAAUCAGAGAAAUCGAUCUCAAAUUACAACAUCUGAAACUAAUGAGGGAGUCAGUCUUUAAAAGAAUCGCCAGAAUUGAACAGAAUGAAUUGUUUUUGGAAAACAACUUGAAUUUAGUGAGAGAUAGGCAAUCGUUUCUGGAGGAGUACGGUCUUGAAGUUGACAGCGAAGUGGAGAAUGAAUCUUCAAGCGAAUCAUUAACUAGCGUCUCGCGAAGUAUCGCCGACGACCAAGUCAUUGAGCAAGAGACAUCUGAAGGCGAACAGGAUCAGGAGCCCGACGAUGGAGCAAAUUCUGACGAUCACACUGACAAUGCUAAAUCAACCAACAUUUCCCCAUUGAUGAGUCGGUCAAUAUACCAGAAACUUAAAACCAAGGAGGAAAACCCCUCCAAGAAAUUGCAUAACUUUUAUCAUGAUCACAAUAAAAAGCACAGGAAGACGUUCCCAACUUUACAGCAAUAUUAUCCACGAGGCUCGAUCAUAAAUGAGUUCAAAGAAGCCCAUAAUGACUCAAUCACAUGCCUCGAUUUUGAUGUACCGUUUGGCACUCUAUGUACAGCUGGUCACCUCGAUCAUUCCAUCAAGAUAUGGGAUCUCUCUCAAAAGAAACAAACAGGCCAGAUGGCUGGGCAUUUGGCAAGUAUCAGUUGCAUGCAGAUCGACAACCGUUACAACAUGUUAAUUACGGGUGGUAGAGAUGCAGUACUCAAAAUGUGGAAUCUUAAUCUGGGGGCGCAAUUGUAUCAAGAAGAAAGUGAUGCUAUACCAAGUUCUGAAACUGCUUGUGUCUACACGUUCGACUCCCACGUCGAUGAGAUCACCGCGUUAUCCUUCGACUCCGGUCAUUUAGUCAGUGGUUCUCAAGAUAGAACUGUACGCCAAUGGGAUCUGACCAGCGGGAAAUGUCUGCAAACGAUUGAUUUGAGUUUCGCAGGUCGUUUGAGCCAAACCUCUUCCAAUUCAGGCUCUGGUUUGCUCACAUCAACGGAUACUUCUCCAAUCAUCGGAGCAUUACAAUGUUUCGAUGCAGCCCUUGCCACAGGUACGAGAGAUGGUGCGGUUAGACUAUGGGACUUGAGAUCGGGCAAGAUCAUCAGGACAUUAGAGGGCCAUACAGGCGCGGUGACUUCGCUUAAAUUCGAUUCGAAAAACCUCAUCACUGGUUCGCUUGAUCGAAGUGUAAGAAUUUGGGAUCUCAGAACAGGCACAUUAGCAGACGCUUUUGCGUACGAAUCUCCUGUUCUAUCGCUUGAUUUCGAUUUCCAGAGCAUAGUUGUUGCCAAUAAUGAACAAACAAUCCAAGUGGUCGACAGAGAUGACGACAAGCAUUGGGAAUGCGGCGAGGAAAAUAAGUACACAGAUUCUACAGCACAAUUUGUGAGAUACAAAGAUGGUUACAUGGUCGAAGGGCGCAGUAGCGGUGAUGUUGUCGCAUGGGCACUAUAG